CGCACCCCCAGAGCUCCGGCCGGGCGGGACUUCCUCUCUCUUGCGGAUGCGACGCUCGGCUGAGCGGACAGAAAGGGCUUGGUCGGGGUGUCACCACCGGUCUCUCCUCCGUGCGCCCCGCGACAGCAAGAGAGAGAGUAACCGGCCGGAACGACGAGUCGCCACCGAAGCCGAAGCACCCCCCUCCGUGGAGGAAUCUCCUCCUCGGCUAUGCUGCCCUGAGAGGACCGCGAGCUCCCCGCCACCAUGUCCGAUGUCAACAAGACUGUGCAGAAGUGGCACGCCAGUUUCAAGAAGGGCACAGACUUUGACUCGUGGGGACAACUGGUGGAGGCGAUAGACGAGUACCAAAUCAGAGGGAGCGUGUUGCAUCCUCGGCUGCAGCCAGUGACAGUGUGUGUGAGGCCUGCCACGAUGAGCCUGUCAUGGAACACCCAAUCCCUCCCCGGGCUGCGUGCAGUGGCUGUUCAUCGUGUGUCAUGAUGCGGGUGCAGAGAAGAAGAAGAGAGAAAAAAAACGGGCCAGUUUUCCUCCUCAGUGUUGAGAAACAGUCCGCCACACCCUCUCAUUGUUAUGGGCGGGUUUCAUCUGCUAUAUAUUUGGCACGACAGCUGCAGAAAGAGGUCCAGUCGUCGGGUUCGUCAGACUUCACAGAGGAGCAGAAGAAAACUUUAGGAAAGAUUGCAACAUGCUUGGAAAUGAGAAGUGCCAGUUUGCAGUGCACACAGUCCAAGGAGGAUUUCAAGUUAGAAGACCUGAAGAAACUGGAAUCCAUAAUUAAGAAUAUACUGAGCUAUAGCAAAGACUUUCCUUUUGAUGUCCAGCCAGUCCCCUUAAGGAAAAUCCUGGCUCCAGGUGAAGAGGAGAACCUGGAGCUGGAGGAGGAGGAGGACGCAGCAGCAGGAGCAGGGUCAACAGAGUCCUUCCCCCCGCGAGCCCCCGCCUCACAAGGUACCUUGUUGCCGCGGUUACCCUCAGAACCUGGGAUGACACUACUAACAUUGAAGAUUGAGAAAAUCGGCCUGAAGGACGCCGGACAGUGCAUCGACCCGUACAUGACCAUCAGUGUCAAAGAUGUAAACGGUGUAGAUGUGAACCCGGUGCAGGACACGCCCGUGGCCACCAAGAAGGAGGACACCUACAUUCAUUUCAGCGUGGACGUAGAGAUCCAGAGACAUGUGGAGAAAUUACCAAAAGGAGCCGCCAUCUUCUUUGAAUUCAAGCACUACAAACCCAAAAAGAGAUUUACCAGCACAAAAUGUUUUGCCUUCAUGGAAAUGGACGAGAUCAAGCCCGGACCAAUUGUAAUUGAAUUGUACAAGAAGCCCACAGACUUCAAGAGGAAGAAACUGCAGCUCCUAACGAAGAAACCACUCUUUCUCCACCUUCAACAGAUAUUAAACAAGGAAAGCUAAGUCGGAGUGCGCGCCAUGAACUCUGCACCUCCUCUUUUUAAUGUCUUCUCUUACAUCCACAUCCAAAACAAAAUCUGCUGUUCCACCUCAUUACAUCCAGCAAUACUAAAUCCAGGCCGCUGUCAGAUUGUUUUUUCUUCCCCUCCAGUAUUUGAAGAAGGUAAAGGAAACUGAGCCAAACAUUAGUCACAUCAGCUCAAGAACUGCCACAUUUAUAUUUUUAUAUUCUUUGAUUUUUUUUUUUUUUGUUGUCAAAUGCAUAAAACAUCUGUUGCAGGAAACCCGUCUCCAAGAAUGAUGUUUUGACAAGCGGGAGGGUUUUUUAUAUUGCGGCAGAAGAGGUAUGUUCAAACUGUUAAACCAGCUCAUCUCCGUCGUCCUCGGCUCACUGGUCUCCGGGGAAACGAGGGACGGGUCGUUUGCAGGAGAUGAAUUUGAGUUAAAGACUUUGUAGACUGGUCGGACGUUGAACCUCCGACUGACGCGACAUUCAGCAACAACGUUAAAAGCGACGGUUUCUGCCACAGAGAUGUCGACUUGUUUGUGGAAUUGGAGGCAAAGUCUGAAAAGUUCCAGGAUGGUUUACGGAGUCCAGAGUGGGACAAAAAUUAUAAGCAAAUAAUAAUCCAGUGAAUCUAAAAAACACUUUUACAACCUAGUUCAUGAAAUUAGUAUUAAAAUCAUGUAUCAUUAAAAACAAGUAUGACUAAUAAUGAAGGAAGUGUAUUCAAAUCAUAAUUUCUAAUUACAUUUUUACUUUUGCUUAAAUGAUGAAUAAUUGAAUUGUAAAACAAUUAUUUUUAAGUAGGGUAUUAAAUGACACUGUUGUUCUUACUAAUAUAUAUCAUCUCACACAAUGUUUUAAAAUUCUGCUCCCAAGUUUCCAUCUAAUGCUUUCUUGAAUAUUAUUAAUAUGAAUUAACUUAUUUAUCGACCACUCGUGGACCACGGAUAUAAGCUGUAAAAGCAACUAUUGAUUUAUUAUCACCUUCCAGGUUAACAUGGUAAAGUUGUUCGCAGCAAUCUGGAGAGAUGCCUCCGACCAACUGAAGAUAUUAACUCUUGUUUGCUCUGUUUUGGUCUCCACCGACGUCUGAUGUUAAGAACUGGCUGGUUGAGAGUGAAACGUGAAAUUCUCCACAGAGCUGAGAUUAAAAAGGUGAAGAGUUGGGAGAUAAUUGUUUGUGAUACUUUUUUCAAUACAUGUAAUGAUUUGACUAGUCAAUACAUUCAAAAGAAAUAGUUUAAUACAGCUUUGUGAGCAGCUGGCACUAUGGUGUGGAAGAAAUUAAAGCGAAAACAAAAUAGAAAUGAAUGACAAUUAAGAUAUAUGAAACAAUGUUAAUAUUUGGUGACACGCUCAAGACUCUGUAUUGGUUAAAUUAUGUUUUUGUCCAAUGGUCUUGGAUUCAGCAGCGGCAUUCAUAACGUUGAAUUGGUGCAAUUAUAUGUUGAAUAAAAUAAAAAUAGAUGUCUUUGACCAGAAGCCUCUACAUUUUCCUCUGGUCAUUUUUUAGUUUUUAAAUGUCAGAAUUUCAUACCAAAUGAGACCAUGACCCUGUAGCAAAUUAAAUCAACCCAUAAUUCGAAUGCGUCAGUGUUCAUGCUUUACUGUUGUAUUUAAUAUAUCAUGUUUAAAUACUGUUGCAUAAAGUUUUUAUAUAUAAAUGCAUUAAAAUGGCUGCAGCAUGGUUUUUGCAUGCUGUGUAUUCUGUGUACAUCAUGAGCCUUUGGUUGAGGCUCAGGUGCUCAACACUAAUAUUUUUUUUCUUCUAAGCAGAAAUGCAGAUUUUUCAUCGGACCGGAAGUGUCUUUUUUUAAUUCUAGUGUUACUUUGCAGAUCUAAUGUUUCCUGACUACAGUUAUAUCUGAAUGUGUUUGGAGGCUACGUCCUUAAUGUCAAAGGACUUUCUCCUGAGUUGUGCCUCAGUAAAGCCCAAUACUCUUAUUCUGAAAUUUCGCAUCACACUUUUAUGAGGAAAAUCAAGAAAUCAAGCUGUAUGUAACUGUAAGUUUCCAUUCUGACUCUGCAGAGGUUCUCCUUCACCAAAACAUUCACAUUGAAAUAUUUGAUUUUUGUAAAGUCUCAAUAUUCAGGACUGUACGUUAACUGCGGAAUCAUUAACUGAUGAAUAUACAGUCGACUGCGUGUGUAUGGAUAAAAUGAUGUCAUGUAGUAGAAAUGAAAACUGUCCAGUGUUUUUGUUUUGUUUGGCAGAUUGAGGGGAAUUGUAAUUUUUUAUAAAGUACAUUGCUUUUACUUUCUAAUAAAGAAAAAUACAAAAAG